UUUUUGACUUGGGAGAGGAGAUCUGGGCGGAGAGACAUGGCCGCCGCCAUUGCCAGCUCCUUGAUCCGGCAGAAGCGUCAGGCCAGGGAGUCCAACAGCGACAAGGUCGCCACCAGCAAGAGACGCUCUAGCCCCAGCAAGGACCCUCGGUCGCUGUGCGAGCGACACAUCUUCAGCGUCUUCAGUAAGGUUCGCUUCUGCAGCGGGAAGAAAAAACCUGUACGCCGAAAACCAGACCCACAGUUGAAGGGCAUAGUGACACGUCUGUUCAGUGAGCAGGGUUUCUACCUGCAGAUGCAGCCUGACGGAGGCCUCGGCGGCAACAAGGACGAGAACAGCGACUACACUCUCUUUAAUUUGAUUCCAGUAGGACUGAGGGUGGUGGCCAUCCAAGGAGUGAAGGCUGGACUCUACGUUGCUAUGAAUGGAGAGGGAUUUCUCUACACAUCAGACAUCUUCACGGCGGAGUGUAAGUUUAAGGAGUCGGUCUUUGAGAACUACUACGUCAUCUACUCCUCCACACUGUAUCGGCAGCACGAGUCGGGCCGGGCCUGGUUCCUCGGCCUCAACAAGGACGGAGCCAUCAUGAAGGGGAACCGGGUCAAGAAAACCAAACCCUGCUCACACUUUGUCCCCAGACCUAUCGAAGUGUGUAUGUACAAGGAGCCGUCCCUGCAUGAGAUCGAGGAGAAAAUGAGGAAAGAUGACGAGAGUCCCACCAUGAACGGAGAGAAGAAGGUGGAUGAGGAGCAGCCGCAGGAGGACACUACAGAGCAGGACGGCUCGUAG